AAAAGUCGUCGUAUCCUAUCGGAAGAGCAAGAGUCGCGUAUGAAUGACUGGUAUAACAAACAUCUAAACAACCCAUAUCCAGAUGAAGAUGAAAAAGUAAUCUUGGGUGCCUCAUGUCAACUAUCAAAAUCACAAAUUGAUAAUUGGUUUUCAAAUAAACGUAUGAGA